GUUGGCGUGCAUUGGUCCACCCGAAAACCCAUCCGGUGUCUGAGUAUGAGUUUGAAGUAAUCAUUGGAGGGGAUGGCAGGAGGAACACCUUAGAAGGCUUUCGCCGGAAAGAGUUCCGUGGUAAACUAGCAAUUGCUAUCACAGCAAACUUCAUCAAUCGCAACACCACAGCUGAAGCCAAAGUAGAAGAGAUCAGCGGUGUGGCCUUCAUAUUCAACCAGAAGUUCUUCCAGGAUCUACGAGAAGCCACAGGUAUUGACUUGGAGAACAUUGUCUACUACAAAGAUGAUACACACUACUUUGUCAUGACUGCCAAAAAACAGAGCUUGCUGGAAAAAGGAGUGAUACGACAUGAUUAUGCUGAUACAGAGUUAUUACUCUCACGGGAGAACGUGGACCAGGAGGCUCUGCUAAACUAUGCCAGAGAAGCAGCUGACUUCUCCACUAAUCAGCAGCUGCCAUCACUGGACUUUGCCAUCAAUCACUAUGGUCAACCAGAUGUGGCCAUGUUUGACUUCACGUGCAUGUACGCAUCGGAGAACGCAGCCCUGGUGCGAGAGCAGAACGGCCACCAGUUACUUGUGGCACUGGUUGGGGACAGUCUCUUAGAGCCAUUUUGGCCGAUGGGAACUGGAAUAGCCAGGGGAUUUUUGGCUGCGAUGGACUCUGCUUGGAUGGUACGAAGUUGGUCACUCGGAGCUAGUCCUUUGGAAGUUCUUGCAGAGAGGGAAAGCAUUUACAGGCUGCUGCCUCAGACCACCCCUGAGAAUGUGAGUAAAAACUUCAGCCACUACAGCAUCGAUCCCGCCACCCGGUAUCCCAACAUCAACGUCAACUUCUUGCGGCCACAGCAGGUACACCACUUGUAUAACACGGGAGACUUGAAAGACAUUCACGUGGAAAUAGAGAACUUUGUGAACUCCAGGACACCAAAGCUGACUCGGAAUGAGUCUGUAGCUCGCUCCAGUAAAUUGCUCAGUUGGUGCCAGCGGCAGACUGAGGGGUACGCUGACUUUGAUUCUUUGGAUGAGCACAACGUGGAGAAGAAUAACCAGCUGGCCUUUGACAUAGCUGAAAAAGAGUUUGGAAUAUCUCCCAUUAUGACUGGAAAGGAAAUGGCAUCUGUUGGAGAGCCAGAUAAACUGUCGAUGGUGAUGUACCUCACGCAGUUCUAUGAGAUGUUCAAAGACACCAUCCCCUCUAGCGAUAGUCUGGACCUGAAUGCAGAAGAAAAAGCUGCCCUAAUUGCCAGUACCAAAUCACCCAUCUCUUUUCUCAGUAAGCUGGGACAAAGCAUCUCUCGGAAACGCACUCCGAAGGACAAAAAAGAAAAGGAACUGGAUGGUGCAGGAAAGAGGAGAAAAACCAGCCAAUCUGAGGAUGAGGACGUCCCACGAAGCUACAGAGAAGAAAGGCCCACGCUGGUGAGUGCCCUGACAGAGAGGAGAAUUGAUGCUGCCAUUGGGAAUCAGAACAAAGUCAAGUCUAUGGCAACCCAGCUGCUGGCCAAGUUUGAGGAGAAUGCACCAGUGCAGUCCUCAAGCUUACGAAGACAGCUGAGGAGUAAGGAACGUUGUCGGACCUGCCCCAAAAAAGUGAUCAUGCUUUCUUCUUCCACUCCACCUUCCUCUCCACCGUAUCCCAGGCAGCAGAUGAAGAUAGGGCUUCGUCAGCCUCUUAAAGUAGGAGCAGAGGUUGGUGUUAGCUCACCAGAAGCAUGA